UAUCAAUGGUAAGUUCGAGCAGGCAUGAAGCCGACUGUGUGGUGUGUUGCAGUGGAAGCAGUUUCAAACUUUCAAAUAAAUUAGUCUUAUUAAAAUCUUGGUGAUUUUAUGCUGAGGCGCGGCGCCGGCGACGGUGAUAUCUUCCGAAACAUUUCAGCUUCUGCUCUGCAGAAUUUCACACGCGUACUCUUGGCAGCUCUCGGCCUGAUCAUCUUUAAGUUUUGCACCUGCUGAAACCAGAAAAUGUCUGCUCAGAUCGUACCGAGAAUUCUCCUGAAUAGCGGCCAGCGCAUGCCAGUUUUAGGCCUCGGAACGUAUCAAUCGAAGAGUGACAAUGUAAAGGAAGCUGUGAGUUACGCCCUGGAUGUCGGAUACCGACACAUUGAUACAGCGUAUUCGUACGGAAACGAGCAAGAUAUCGGAGAAGUUGUGCAAGAAAAGAUCCAAAAAGGAUUAGUUAAACGUGAAGAUCUCUUCAUUGUGACGAAGCUAUGGAGCACAUUCCACAAACCGGAGCACGUUAUUCCUUCGCUGAAAAAGUCCCUGGCUAACCUUCAAGUGGAUUAUGUUGACCUGUAUUUAGUUCACAAUCCUUGCGGUUUUAAAUAUACAGAUGAAAGCAAUUUAUUUCCGACGGAUGCCGACAACAACGUCUGGUAUGACCAGACGGAUCACAUGGAUACUUGGAAGGAAUUAGAAAAAGCAGUCGAUCAAGGAUUAGCGAAAUCAAUCGGGCUGUCCAAUUUUAAUAAACGUCAGAUAGAAAGGAUCGUCCAGUCAGCCAGAAUCAAGCCAGCAAACUUACAAGUGGAAUGCCAUGCGUAUUUUAUGCAAAAACCGCUGUUCGACUUUUGCAAGCAGCAUGGAAUAACACUAACCGCGUAUGGACCACUGGGCGCGCCGACUCGUCUUUUCAGUGUCAACCCGAACGAUCCUGUUUUGCUGGAAGAUCCUGUGGUCGUCGAAAUCGCCAAAUUAUGCGGGAAAACGCCUGCUCAGGUUCUGUUGCGAUAUUUGAUUCAGAUGGGCAGAAUCGUUAUUCCCAAAAGCAAAACCACUAAUCGUAUCAAAGCGAAUUUUGAGAUUUUUGAUUUUGAAAUUUCCCCCGAGAACGUUGCCAAAUUGGGCGGACUGGACCGACAUUUACGAUAUUAUCCUUUUGACUGGUGCAAAGAUUCCGUGGAAUUUCCGUUUCGUGACUCUUAUUAAUGAUUUGAUAGCCAAUACGAGCCAUAGAAGUAUAAUUAUAUGAUUUUAGUGUUACUGUGACUAAACGCUGAAUUUGUUAUCCAUUAGCUCAUGCAACAAUACGAAUAAUUCAGUAGUUGAUCAAAGUCCACUUAGUACGUACUGCGAUUUGAUGUUGACGUUAAUUUUCUCAAGUGCUCCUGCAAGAACAUUUCAAACAUUUUAUAUAAUUUUCGAAGCUGUGAUAUGACACUGCCAGCAAUAAACGGCCUAUCCGCAAUGGUGC